AUGAGUACAAUAAUACAUUCAUCGCAUGAGGAGUUAAUAAGCACGCGUGGUAUUCACCAGCACAACCGCCACCAGCAUCAUAAUCACAAACGCCAUCUUAGCAAUAUUGCAGCCAGCCCGAGUUACGAUAUCGAUAUGCCAACGUCUACCAGCCAAGUAGUUAUACCAUCAGCAUCAUCAUGGGCUGAUGAACUUGUUGCUCGCCUGACAUUUGUCCAGUCGACCCACUCAACCCUUGUCACAGUCAUGCCGUCACUUGUUAUUCGUGAUGAGGAAAAAGACAGUGGUGACGAGACAUCAAUGCCGUCACUUUCAGAAACAUCCUCAUCUUCAUCAUCAUCCAUCUCCACUACCAUCACUGCCAUACCCAAUCUGAAUAACCCAUACAUUGAUAUACCGACACUACCCACAAGUCUAGUUUUCAUUAUUGUUGGUUCGAUUCUUGGUGCCAUUUUGCUUGCAUUGACAUUAUACCGCAUCAUUAACCAUUACAUCUACUCCUCAAAAGCUCAAUUGGAAAAGGAAACUUAUUACUCGACCACGCCAGGUCUUGGUGACAUGUCUCAACAUUAUGCAUUCCCUCAUCAGAACCUCAAACGUAAUGGAUCCUCAUCGUCAUUAUUUGAUCUAUCAUCAAAUUCGUCAUCAACUUUAUCACAGGGAAAAUCAUUACAAAAUCACAUUCUUAGUGAUAAACAACAAUUUCGUAAAUCCAUGUUUAAUAAUCCCAGUUUGGAAUAUGAUAGUUUAUCAUUGCCUUUAUAUCAAGAUAAACGAAAUUCUUCAUCAAUGUAUUUGCAAAAGUAUAACAACAAUUCGUCAGCAGCAUCACUUUUGAAACCGACGAUGGGCCCAUAUUUGGAUUCAGCCACGAUGGCGUCUUCUUCUUGUUUGGACAAUGGGUUUGGUAAUGGCGAUAAUAGGGAUACAGACAGUGAAAAAUUAGGAACUACUGGUACGUUUGCUGGUAGUGUUCAAACCACGUUGCGUCCUCCUAGUAUGUUCCUUGAAGAUCUCUUGAAUGGGAAGGAUGAAGAGGAAGAGGAGAAAGGGAAGUGA